AUGCCCCAGUGCCGUCGCGAGCUUCCUACUUCAGAAACGCUGUAUCCACCUUGGAAGCCACUGCAGGGUUCUGGUGCAUGGCACGCGACUCACAUAGACUUUGGCUCAGGGGCACGGCGUGGGUACUCGUCGAUCGCCGAGGGCCACAUCUACGCCAUCCCGAGAAACCGUCGUCGGGAGGGCGCAUAG